AUGUCCAUUGACGAGGCUGUUGCCAGAUAUAGAGAUGUUAUAGGCAAUCUAGCAACUGGCAAUUUAAGGCGGAUUGUUAUACAGUCAGAAAAACUGGCCCAGAUCAUUGCAUCUUCAAAAGGUACCGUUCGUUUCCACCAUAAAACUCGCAGCGGUAAAACAGUAAUAUACAAAUGCAUCAAAAAGGCGCUGCUUUCCAGUGUCGCGUCUCUAUCGUCAGAGUUUUCCUCAGAAACAGAUGUUCAGCAAUUCCUCCAUUUAAAUUACAUAUAUCAAUCUCACUUCCAAGCUUUGAGUGGACAAAUAAACAAAUAUUGCGGCAUGAAGAAAUACUACGAGUUAAAGUUUGCAGCAAUCGACUACUUAGAAACCGAAGUCCAAACUACCGGGCUUACACUCUCAAGAUUCUGGGUGGCAUCUUUAGAUGAGUUCAUUAAAAAAGAGCGAUGGCCAGAUAAUGGAUCUAACUUUCAAAUCUUUUACAAACUAAUGGCUGAGUAUUCGUCUUGGAAAUGGGAUUCUGAUGAUAAAAGGCAACUCCAGUUCAUGUACGAAUUUCGAAUGAAACUCAAAGAAUGUUUGGUGAAAUUUUACGAGAAUUUUGAUCUUCAAAAAUCUAGCGAUCCUCUGAAAGAACUCAUUAUACCUUGGGAAAAGAUUGUUUAUGUCGCCAACUGUAUCGAUGCAUUCACUGGAGAGCAAGUUAGGAUCGACGGUGCUGAAUUAAUCUGGACAUCCAAAAAUCUUGUGUUCUCUUCGAUUUCUUCUGCCGUUCUUAGAUUAAAUGACCUUCAAAAUAUGUUCAGCGCAUUCCGGCCUUAUGGGGAAGAAGCAUUAGUUCAAGACUUUGCGCAUAUACGAUCUUUAAAGUGGGAUAGUAAUGAUAAAGUUGAAAGCUUAAUUCGUGCCCUUAUUUUUAAUGAUAUGUUUCCUUAUUUCAAUAAGGAACAGGUAGAUACGAAGGCAGAUGGUAUAUUCUUUUUGCGCUUACUGAGAAAAAACUUCAAAGAACACAUUAAUGACGUUAAAGAUUUUCAUAUUCAAGUGAUAAAGUACUUGAAUUCCCAAUUUAAAAAUAAUUACAGCACAUUGAUGACGUCAUCGAAAACUCAGGAUAGAAGGAAAAGUCAUAAUAUGCCUUCUUCUAUCUUAGACGAUGGUAACAAAAUUGGAAUGCAUGUUUCGCCUAUCGAUGAAUACUCACAUUUUAUUGAUAAUGAUGAACCGUUGUGGCGAGACAAAGUAUAUCCAAAGAUUUACACAAAUGAGCAAACACCUACACCUGACGCAUCAGCAAUAUUUGAUUCUCACAAGAUAUAUGCAAUUAUAUCGCUGCUGCGAUAUUACUUACCUGAGAAGAGAAAGUUUUUUCGGAUUUAUUAUCUGCCCAGUAUUUUUAAAAGGAUAUUAUAUUACGGUGCAAAGUUUGCUCAACUAUAUUUCAUGGAAGGUUGCUUGGAACGGCUAGUAAUAGAAUCUCUCCAAAUUCUAGAACCCUCUUUGGUACAUGCGAUAAAUAAUUUGAUCAAGUCUAGCAUAGAAUCACUCAAAAAUGUAACAGUGACAAGUGAUGACAAAACUUCAUCUGGUGUCAUUAUUUUGUCCUACAAAGAAUUUAAGUCACUAUCUGAAGUUAACAAAGAUUUCAAUGAACCAUUUUGGCCUAACCAAUCAAUUGCGAAUAGUUGGCCAGAUUUCGCGAAUAAGCAAUUAAAGAGGGGUCAAAUUUUGCAAGACGCAUUUGCAUUCCACCUUUUUGAAAUUGAACUACCAAUUAUUAUCGAUACUACAAGAAAUACGCAUUUGAAACUCGUUUCCAACAUGUGUACUACGAGCAUAUUGUACUUAUAUAAUGAAGUUGAUUCCUUAUCAUUAACUAGCAUACAGGAAAAAUUAGCUGUUUUACCGACAAGUAAACGGAAUGAAAUCUUAUUGUACAAUUUGAACAGGCUAACAAAAUUGAAACUAUUGUUGUUGAAAGAGAACGAAAAAGGACAAAAGUUUUACGCAUUUAAUUUUAAGUACAAAAGGGAUGGACAGAAAACAUCAUUAAUAAGGUUAAUUUAA